AUGGAAAAGCUCGAUCAAUGUCCUCCUCUCCCGAGGCCCGAAAUAACGAAAUCGAACGGGCUAAUAGUGCAAGAGCGUAGUAAGGGCGCGGGAGCAUUCUCCGCGAGCAUCCUCUCAUCGGAGUCCCCAGUUGAAAGUUCCUCAAUCGGGGAGAGCCCACCAAAGGUCGAUGAUGAGGACGCUGGCAACAGCAUAUUCCCGGGAAUUUUGGCAUCAAGCCGCUUCCUCCUUGAAGGCGCGGACCAUAAUGUGAAUGGCAGCUUUGGUAUAAGUAGGAGUGGAGUUGGAGAUAUCGACUGCAUGCGGAACAUAGAAGAAGAAGGAGGUGGUGCCUCAGGAGAACUACGACUUGGAUCAAGAGCAGGUGAUGUGUCCACUGCUGUAGUGGAAGGCAGCAAUGAAGCAUUUGAGUAG